UGAAGGGUACCACUGAUAAUGCUCACUGCCACAACACAUUAGUGCCAACACUACACUGCCAACAUCUCGUUAUUUCCUCGGUGUAUCACACCAUGUUAGUGCCAACACUACACUGCCAACAUCUCGUGAGUUACUAACAAGAAAAUGUAAGACAGUAGAGCCCCGCCCACACUGUCUUAAAGUGAACGUAGUAUAAAGACUAGCAGCUUGCGAGUGCUCGCUAACACACAAUACAACAAUCACAUGGUUCUCUGAGGAACUGACUCAGAUACUAAGCAAGGUCUGAUGAUGUGACGAGUUAUCAGGGGAAGCCUACGUAAUACCUCUGUCAGCAGAAGCGUCAGGACCUCUGUCAGUAGUAUUACCUGCGGAAGCGUCAGGACCUCUGUCAGUAGUAUUACCUGCAGAAGCGUCAGGACCUCUGUCAGCAGUAUUACCUGCAGAAGCGUCAGGACCUCUGUCAGCAGUAUCAUCUUCAGUAUCAUGGCUUCAAUAACUAAAGAGGAACAUAACGGAUUCAGAUUUAUUAAGGCUUUAAAUCAGUGUGGUAGAGGAGUCUUGUACAACACACUGUGUUGGGGAACUCCACAUAAACCUGCAAAUGUAAAAUUGGAUGAUUACUUGGGUACCUUAGAUGAAAAAUCAACAGCAAACUACUCAAAACUCACAAAUAAUCAUAAAAAGUUCGACAACAUUCAAAAGGAAUUGAUAAAUAAGAAUCCAGAUGGAUCAGAGUUUGACCUGACUCUGCUGUACCGAUGCAUCAAGCUAGCCUGUGAGGAUGUAGCCUCUUUCAAUGAUAAAAAAUGGAUCACUCCUAGUACAGAAAUGGAGUACUACAUCACAGAAAUAAAGAACAUGAGGAACAAUACUCUUCACAGUACAUUUGCAUUUUCUGAUAGAGAUUAUUUAAAAAAUAUGGACGAUUUAAGGAAGGUGUUAAGCGAGUGUCUUAAGACGUCUGGAGUGAGGUAUAAGAGAGACGAGGAUGAAGUGGAGGAGAAAAUCAAGGAGAUGAAUGGUGACUUGGAUCACAUUAUGCAAGAGAUUCUUGGCAGGGAAGAAAUACUCGCCUGUUAUAGUGAUGAUAUGAAAUAUCUUAUGAUUAACGACAGUUGUGAUCAGCUGAGGAAGAGUUUACAAAAUAUCACUUAUAUCAAUCCCGUGUCUUUCAUAAUGAAAGAUUUGCGACUUAAAGUAGACCAAAUUUUUGUUGAUAUCGAAAUCAACCAAGGGAAACGUAGAGAUGAUGGUAAACACGUAGAUUAUCGUAAUCUUCUCCAGUUUCACCAAACCACAGCUCCAUCUUCGAGCUCUGUUUCACAACAACAUUGUACCCCUGCACGACCUCAGGUUCUCCUCCUUGAAGGUUUGGCAGGAAGCGGCAAGACUACUCUAGUAAAGCUGGUAACAGAGGAAUGGACACAAGGAAAUCGAAGUAACAUUAAAGGCUUGGAUAGUUACGAACUCCUGCUGUGGGUACAGUGCAGAGACCCUACCAUGAAAACUUACCAGGAUCUCCUGGAUCACUUGAUACCAGAUGUAUCAACAAAAUUCAGAAAUUUCCUGCCUAGAUUAAUGAAACUUUGUAAGGUUUUAAUUGUUGUUGAUGGUCUGGAUGAACUCAACGAAAGCUCAGGAAAUUUAGUCAAUAGUCUUCUAUACGAAUUCCGGAACUCGCCUUUUGCAACUUUUAUAUGCACCUCGAGACCUGAGAAAGUUGAUAUGUUUAUUAGCACGAUCCCUGAAGCAUACGAUGUGACGAAUGCUGAGCUACGAGGCAUUUCUAAAGAAAAAAUGCCAGAAUUUGUUCGUCGGACUCACCAGGCGAUAACUAAUCUCACGAACAGUAAGAGAAGCACAGAAGAUCUAGUUAAAAAACUAAUGAAAGUUGAAGGCGUUCAGGAACACUUACGACUGCCAAUGAAUUUAACAUUUUUUGUUUACAUCUGGGACCAGGCGCCUGAUGAGCUGGACAUUAUGACCAUCACACAAACUGAUCUCUACCAUGAAAUACAUCAUUUGUGUCAAGGAAUGUUACUAGACAGGUUAUCAAAUUGUCCACAAACUAAAGCUAUGCCUGAAAGAAACCUUAAGUUCAGAAUUCAAGAAAUAUUGAGGCUUCUUUAUAUAACAUCACUUGAGUGCCUCUCACGUGAACAGUUGACUCUUGAUGAAGAAGCUGUAGAACGACUGAUAUCUGCUUGUAACAAACAUGAUUUACCUUACGAAGAGAUACUUUCUGCGUUUUUGAGUUUGAAGUCAAUUUGGACGUUUCGAGGCAUCGAGAAGCGAUAUUCUGCACCUCACAAGGGAAUCCAAGACUUCUUCAGUGCUUUACAUAUUGUGAUGACACUCCAACAUCAGCUGAAGACUUCUACACUUCCAGUCCUGUGUAUGCUACCUCAACCAUCUCCCGUGUCUUGCCAACCAUCAGCCACCUUAACAUCACCCUUCCCUACACCAGCAUUACCUACAGCACAGUCUACAUGGGCAAAACUACAUCAACCACAGCACCACCUGUCACCAUCAGAGGUGUUAGAACAGAGCGUCGGAACAGCCGGGGUAGACAUGACUAAGUUCCAUAAUGUUUUAGUACAUGUGGCUGGUCUACUGCAUGUAUUGCUAAAUCAAGUUCCUGAGGCAAUCGCGCAUGAAAUUGUUCAUCUCGUGCACCAGUCAGGUAUGAGAGACAUAGACAAAUGGCUAGACUUCCUAGAAAACACCAGAUGCAACGAUAACAUCGCUAAGGCAAUAGCUCCCUUUAUCAAUAAUGAUAAUAUUAAGGUUGUUGAUCAUCGAGUAGAAAGCUACAAAUCUCUGCUAUCACAUCUUAGACCAUCCAAGGUAAUAAUUGAUAUCACUGGUGAUCCUGCUGACCUGCCUGUAUUGCUGGACCUGCUCGCUAUCCUCACCUGUCACAACCACCGCUGUAUAUGUCUGCAACUGCACCACCACUACAGUCACGAUGCAACACCAACUUCUGACGACAUUUUACAACGGGUUCAGCCUCCAAGUGAGGUGGAGGAGUUCCGGGGAUGUGUCAGCAGUGAUGGUGUGUCACUGCUGCCUCCCAGCCUGAGAGAACUCCACCUGGCGGUGCUCAGUGACCGUCACGCUUCACGCUUCCUCCCGCAACUUCACGCUGCUGUUACCUCCAGACUACCUCGCUUAUUUUUUCUCAGUGUGAGAGUGCCAGCAGGAGUGUCUUCGGAUGUCUUGGUCCCACUACCUACAACACGGCGCGUGCAUCUUAACCUGAGUGAUGUUGUUGAUGCUAAUGUAAACGAUGCUUGUGAUGUGGCCCAGGAGCUACAACCACCAAGAGGAUAUAAAAUUAGACAGAAGCCAGAGUCGUACUUUGGUCAGAAGCCAAAGUCGUACGUUGUCAGAAGCCAGAGUCGUACUUUGGUCAAGCCAGAGUCGUACUUUGGGUCAGAAGCCAGAGUCUACUUGUCAGAACCAGAGUCGUACUUUGGUCAGAAGCCAGAGUCGUACUUUGGUCAGAAGCCAGAGUCGUACUUUGGUCAGAAGCCAGAGUCGUACUUUGGUCAGAAGCCAGAGUCGUACUUUGAAGCCAAGUCGUACUUUGGUCAGAAGCCAGAGUCGUACUUUUGGUCAGAAGCCAGAGAUCGUACUUUGGUCAGAAGCCAGAGUCGUACUUUGGUCAGAAGCCAGAGUCGUACUUUUGGUCAGAAGCCAGAGUCGUACUUUGGUCAGAAGCCAGAGUCGUACUUUGGUCAGAAGCCAGAGUCGUACUUUGGUCAGAAGCAGAGUCGUACUUUGGUCAGAAGCCAAAGUCGUACUUUGGUCAGAAGCCAAGUCGUACUUUGGUCAGAAGCCAGAGUCGUACUUUGGUCAGAAGCCAAGUCGUACUUUGGUCAGAAGCCAAAGUCGUACUUUGGUCAGAAGCCAGAGUCGUACUUUGGUCAGAAGCCAGAGUCGUACUUUGGUCAGAAGCCAGAGUCGUACUUUGGUCAGAAGCCAGAGUCGUACUUUGGUCAGAAGCCAGAGUCGUACUUUGGUCAGAAGCCAGAGUCGUACUGUUGGUCAGAAGCCAGAGUCGUACUAUUGCCAGAGUCGUACUUUGGUCAGAAGCCAGAGUCGUACUUUGGUCAGAAGCCAAAGUCGUACUUUGGUCAGAAGCCAGAGUCGUACUUUGGUCAGAAGCCAGAGUCGUACUUUGGUCAGAAGCCAGAGUCGUACUUUGGUCAGAAGCCAAAGUCGUACUUUGGUCAGAAGCCAGAGUCGUACUUUGGUCAGAAGCCAGAGUCGUACUUUGGUCAGAAGCCAGAGUCGUACUUUGGUCAGAAGCCAGAGUCGUACUUUGGUCAGAAGCCAGAGUCGUACUUUGGUCAGAAGCCAAGUCGUACUUUGGUCAGAAGCCAAGUCGUACUUUGGUCAGAAGCCAGAGUCGUACUUUGGCCCAGAAGCCAGAUUCGUACUUUGGUCAGAAGCCAAAGUCGUACUUUGGUCAGAAGCCAGAGUCGUACUUUGGUCAGAAGCCAGAGUCGUACUUUGGUCAGAAGCCAGAGUCGUACUUUGGUCAGAAGCCAGAGUCGUACUUUGGUCAGAAGCCAGAGUCGUACUUUGGUCAGAAGCCAGAGUCGUACUUGGUCAGAAGCCAAGUCGUACUUUGGUCAGAAGCCAGAGUCGUACUUUGGUCAGAAGCCAGAGUCGUACUUUGGUCAGAAGCCAGAGUCGUACUUUGGUCAGAAGCCAAAGUCGUACUUUGGUCAGAAGCCAGAGUCGUACUUUGGUCAGAAGCCAGAGUCGUACUUUGGUCAGAAGCCAGAGUCGUACUUUGGUCAGAAGCCAGAGUCGUACUUUGGUCAGAAGCCAGAGUCGUACUUUGGUCAGAAGCCAAAGUCGUACUUGGUCAGAAGCCAGAGUCUUUACUUUGGUCAGAAGCCAGAGUCGUACUUUGGUCAGAAGCCAGAGUCGUACUUUGGUCAGAAGCCAGAGUCGUACUUUGGUCAGAAGCCAGAGUCGUACUUUGGUCAGAAGCCAGAGUCGUACUUUGGUCAGAAGCCAGAGUCGUACUUUGGUCAGAAGCCAAAGUCGUACUUUGGUCAGAAGCCAGAGUCGUACUUUGGUCAGAAGCCAGAGUCGUACUUUGGUCAGAAGCCAAAGUCGUACUUUGGUCAGAAGCCAGAGUCGUACUUUGGUCAGAAGCCAGAGUCGUACUUUGGUCAGAAGCCACAGUCGUACUUGGUCAGAAGCCAGAGUCGUACUUUGGUCAGAAGCCAGAGUCGUACUUUGGUCAGAAGCCAGAGUCGUACUUUGGUCAGAAGCCAGAGUCGUACUUCAUUGCUACUCUUUGGUUUGGCAAAACAAUCUACUUUGGAAUAA